UUCUGGGGUCAACCAAGGCUGGCUAGUGUUGCCAACUGGCAAGCAAAACAAAUACAAUCAACCUUGAGCCAGUUGGGAGUAUUUUUGCAUCCUUUGGUGUUAUAUACAAAUAAGUGCAAGUCGAUGACAAAACAAUGGGGAAUGGGGUUCCAAAAUAAACAAUUUCUUCAGUUACAUCAAGUUAUAUUACCUUAAGACAUCACAAACUGCUUUCUUAGGUAAGGAACUGAGCAGUGUAUCACCAUGGUAACAAAGCAAACAUGCUUCAGAAGCCAAGAAACAGAAUGUUGCAGUUGGAUACAGUUGAACCUACUGAAACACAAAGCCCAGAUAAUGGCUUUUUUCGGAUUAACUUUUCUAGGUCCUCAGGAUCCCUUUCGCGAUAAAAGACUAUCAUUACCAAAAUAUGAAGUGCCAGUGGGAACAACCCCUCCCAAACUGGAACUUUUCUACCCAAAGCUCCCACCCAUAGGACAAUUUGGAUAUGAUGACACUGAACAUCAGGGCAGCCACAAGAAAUAUCAAGAGACUAUCAAACGGAUGCAGCUCAAGAAAUACCCUAAUCAAGCAUACAGGGUACCACUGACGUGUGGACAAGAUAUUGGUUGGUGGCUGCCUAAGAACCCAUCUGUCAAGCCAGAAGAUACAUUACCUUGGAUGAAGGUGCCACGGCAUCCCCUGCUGCGGAGCCCCAUGACCAAGUUUAUAGACCACAUGGCAGUCACAGAUCCUCUCUUCAGCCUGUUUUGA